GUACUUGCAUCUGUAAAAUGUAUACUUUUUGACAUAGAAGGAUUAAAGUGAAGUUGAUUGUUAUGUUAUAGACUUGGUAUUGUACAUACAUACAUACUUAAAUUAUUUUGUAAAUUGCCAAAAUGAUGAUGGAUUAUUUUGUAACAAAUAAUUCUUUAGCACCUGCUCCUAUGGGAAUUCAAAGUACCGCAGGUGCAGUUCCUGUAAAAAAUGAUAAAGGUGAACUUUCUAUGAAAAAAGUAAAAGUGCAUCGUUAUGUCUCUGGAAAACGGCCUGAUUAUGCACCAGCAGCUAGCUCAGAAGAAGAAUCUGAAGAUGAAGAUUUCUUAGAAAAACGAGCGCAUAAAAAUUAUGAAGAAAAUGAGACUUCUACGGAUGCUCCGAUACAGUCACAGAUUAAGGUCCGCGACGAAGAUGAUCCGCGAAUAAGAAGAUUAACGCGAUUAGAAAAACAUAAAGAAUCUAAUGUAGAAAUUCGUGCUGAAAGACAUAGACAUAUCCAUGAACCAGAAUUAAUUGAAGUUGAACCAGAAAGAACCAGAGAAAGGAUCAAACUUGAAAGUUCAGAUUCAUCGGAAGACGAAGAAUUGUCAGAUUCAGAAAUCGAAAGAAGGAGAGAAGCCUUAAAGCAACGAGUUUUGUCUAAGAAAGAAAAUGAAGAAGAAUUAAUUCACGGGGAAGAGGAUGAAAGAUCCGGGGAUAGUUCAGAAGAAAGUUCAGAAUAUGAGGAAUACACAGAUUCUGAAGAAGAAACUGGACCAAGAUUAAAGCCAGUUUUUGUUCGUAAAAAAGAUAGAAUUACAGUAAUGGAAAAAGAAAAGGAAGCAAUGAAACAAAAACAAGCAGAAAUUGAAGCAAAGAAAAUGGCUGAAGAACGAAAACGGCAAACACUGCGGAUGGUAGAAGAAGCAAUAAGGAAAGAAGCACAAGUUGGCAAAAACACUAAUGAAACUGAAGGAAAACUGGAGGAUGUUUGUACCGAUGAUGAAAAUGAUGAAGUUGAAUAUGAAGCUUGGAAACUGCGAGAAUUAAAAAGAAUUAAGCGCGAUCGUGAAGAAAGAGAACAGCUUGAGAAAGAACGGCUAGAAAUUGAACGGAUACGUAAUAUGACGGAAGAAGAACGAAGACAAGAAGCUCGAUUGAAUCCGAAAGUUAUUACGAACAAAGCAGCCAAAGGGAAAUACAAAUUUUUACAGAAAUAUUACCAUCGUGGAGCCUUCUAUUUGGAUAAAGAUGAUAAUAUAUUUAAACGAGAUUUCUCUGGCGCAACAUUGGAGGACCACUUUGAUAAAACGAUUUUACCAAAAGUUAUGCAAGUGAAAAACUUCGGUCGUAGUGGUAGAACUAAAUACACUCACUUGGUGGAUCAAGAUACCACUCAAUUUGAUUCACCUUGGAUUUCAGAAACAGCUCAAAAUUUAAAAUUCCAUAAUAAUCAAGCAGCAGGAAUGAAACAAGUGUUUGAACGGCCAUCGUUGAAAAAACGGAAAAAUGAAAAUUAAUUUAAUUAAGUAAUUUAUAAUAUGUUUAUUUCAAUAAAAUAAUGCAUUAAAAAAGUAAUUAAUAGUUAAAUAAUAUAAAAUUGCAUAUCAAUAUUAUUGUAUGUAUAGUAUUAACGAGGCACACUAAGGCCCUGGAGUGGCCGGACUCUUGGACUUUGCAAAGGAGGCCGGCCUUCACAAUGUACCUCGGUAGCCGGAACUACCCGUAUGGGCUCGGGUACAAUGGUCCCUUGAGGACUGAGUGCCCGACGCGUUCAAUAAUAAUAAGAAUAAUAAUAAUAAUAAUAAUACAUAGUAUUACAUAUAACCUCUUGUACAUACAUAAAAAUACUCUCCAUAAUUUAUUAUAAUUUUUCUAUUAUUUUUAUGUAGACAACAAACUUUUUAAAGCUUGUUUAGCAACGGCACAUUUAGCUUGCUUUUUAUUUAUACCAAAUCCGUGAAAAAGUUUUACUUUUCCAGCGAUAGUUACUUUUAAAGGUACCAUAACUCCGUUCGUGCCUUCAAUUUUAUGGGCAUUU